UCGUGUGAUUAAGAUUUCACACGAGAGGAAUACAAAUAGUGCGGAAUAAAGGGCAGUUUCUGCCUAUAAAAGGCGAUUCCUUUGCUCCUGAAUCGCUGAGUAUUGACUUUGAUAUCGCAAAGUGAGGGUGAGAAUAUCAACAGUCCUGCCCAUCAUGAAUAAGUUACACUGCUUUGUGCUGCUGUGCGUGCCAAUUUGCUUAAAUCAAGUGUCACCCAUUGCGUGUGCAUACAAUCCGGAUGUUUUAGCCUCCCUGGAGAGCGUUAGGAAAAUGUAUCCGUCGCUCAACUUGAAGACCCUGUUGAAUCUCCUCGAGUCUAGCGGUGAACUCUUGAUAAAGAAGGAAGACCUGCUGGACGACAGGAGAGCUAAGCGAUACACUGGCGUGAUGCCCGAAGUGCUCGUGACCAAUGGAAUGCGGGAGGACCAUGAGGGACUCAAGGAUGUAGACGGUAUAAGAAAGUUCGCUUUAGACGCUGUCCAAGAAACUCCUUGGCUCAUAUUUCUCCUCACAGAAAAAUCCAAUAAGUACAUGACACCGCGACUGGGACGAGAUGCUUCCGGGGACAAUGGGGCGGAUUCCCAAAGGACAAGACCACCUUUUGCACCCAGACUCGGCAAGAAAUCCCUUCCCUUCUCACCCAGGCUGGGAAGGCAGAUGAUGUCAAGUUUCAGCGAUCAGUAACCACACGGAUCAACAUCACAGAUGAUCAUUCUUACCACAAAAUGAUGUACCAUGUAAAAUUAAGUGUUUGAAGCAAAACAAAGAGCAAGUUUUGAAAUAAAUGAAAUAUUUCAAAGAC